CCAGACUGUUAUGCUGUUCCAUCCCAAAAACCGGGCCUGUGUCAUGCCCCACUUACUCCAUCCCACACAACAGCUUCGAGAACGAGAGGCAUUUAGUUGAGAGGUUAAAUGAACAGGGAUUUAAAAAUGGCAGACUCCAUAGCUGCACGUUUGUCUGUACAGGAGAAGCAGAUAUCUCUGCUGAGCCAGGAGAUCGGGAGGCUGUUAGCCGCGGCCGGGGCCGAGGGAGCAGCUUUACCCGCCUGCUGCAGCCCGAGCAGCCCUGAGCUGGACAUCCUCCGAAUCGAGAACGAGAAGCUCCGGUACCGAAUCUUGCACCUGCAGCGGAGCAUACAGACAGAGCUCGCCCGGGAGACAGCCGAGCAGGACAGCAAGGAGGUUACGAAGAAAAACGAAGGAGAAGCAACAGGGAAACCGCAACUGGAGAGGGGCAAGGACAAAAAAGUGGUCGAGAAAAACACACAGACCCCUCCCAACACCUCAAAGCAGAACGGGAAAGACAAGAAGGAGAAGAAGAGAGAGAGCAGUGGAGGAGAGGAGCACUUGGGAGAGCUCCACCCCUGGCCAGCGUACAUCGAGGAUCGCUUGAAGCUGUACAAUGAGCUAAAGAAGGAGAGUGACUCCAUCCUGGCAAGCAGAGCGGCCACCCACAGCAAGCCCAUCACCGUCACACUGCCUGAUGGGAAACAAGUGGAGGGCCAGGCCUGGAGGACCACGCCCUACCAGAUUGCCUGGCAGAUCAGUCAGGGCCUGGCGGACAGCGCUGUGAUUGCACGGGUGGACAGGGAGUUGUGGGAUCUGGACCGGCCCCUGCAGGGUGACUGCUCCCUAGAGCUGCUCCGAUUCGACCAUGAGGAUGCACAGGCCGUGUACUGGCACUCCAGUGCUCACGUUCUUGGGGAGGCGAUGGAGCGGUUCUACGGGGGCUGCCUGUGCUACGGCCCUCCCAUUGAGAACGGUUUCUACUACGACAUGUACCUGGAUGACAGAAGUGUCUCCAGUAACGAGUUCCCUCUCCUGGAGACUCUGUGUAAAUCUGUGAUGAAGGAGAAGCAGCCCUUUGAGAGGCUGGAGAUCAGCAAGGAGACCCUGCUCAAGAUGUUCAAGUACAACAAGUUCAAGUGCCGGAUAUUGAAUGAAAAGGUGAACACUCCAACUACAACUGUGUACAGGUGCGGGCCCCUGAUCGACCUGUGUCGAGGCCCUCACGUCCGACAUACUGGAAAAAUCAAGGCCUUGAAGAUCUACAAGAACUCAUCCACGUACUGGGAGGGCCGUGCGGACAUGGAAUCUCUUCAGCGCAUCUACGGGAUCUCCUUCCCUGACUCCAAGAUGAUGAAGGAAUGGGAGAGAGUCCAGGAGGAAGCCAAGAACCGCGACCACCGCAAAAUUGGCAAGGAGCAGGAGUUGUUCUUUUUCCAUGAUCUGAGUCCUGGAAGCUGCUUCUUCCUCCCAAAGGGGGCCUUCAUCUACAACACACUCAUGGACUUCAUCAGGGAGGAGUACCACAGGAGGGACUUCCUGGAGGUGGCAUCACCCAACAUCUACAACGCAAAGCUGUGGGAGACCUCGGGCCACUGGCAGCACUACAGUGACAACAUGUUCUCCUUCAAGGUGGAGAACGAGACCUUCGCACUGAAGCCCAUGAACUGCCCCGGACACUGUUUGAUGUUCAGUCACCGGCCACGGUCGUGGCGUGAGCUGCCCAUGCGCUUUGCUGAUUUCGGGGUGUUACACCGGAAUGAGCUGUCGGGGGCACUGACCGGACUAACCCGUGUGAGGCGAUUUCAGCAGGAUGACGCCCACAUCUUCUGUACCAUGGAGCAGAUUGAGCAGGAGAUAAAAGACUGUCUGGAUUUCCUCCGCACGGUCUAUGCAGUCUUUGGCUUCUCCUUCCAGCUGUACCUCUCCACUCGCCCAGAGAAGUUUCUGGGAGACAUUCAGAUCUGGGAUCAUGCUGAGAAGCAACUGGAGAACAGUCUGAAGGAGUUUGGAGAGCCGUGGGAGCUGAGUCUUGGGGAUGGAGCGUUCUACGGACCUAAGAUUGAUAUCCAGAUCAAAGAUGCAAUUGGAAGGUACCACCAGUGCGCCACCAUCCAGCUGGACUUCCAGCUCCCCAUCCGCUUCAACCUGAGCUUUGUCGGCAAGGACAGCGAUGACAAAGUGAGGCCUGUCAUCAUUCACAGAGCCGUGCUGGGCUCAAUCGAGAGGAUGAUCGCCAUUCUCACCGAGAACUAUGCAGGGAAAUGGCCCCUGUGGCUCUCCCCUCGGCAGGUGAUGGUGGUUCCUGUGGGCCCCCGAUGUGAUGAGUACGCUCAGCAGGUUUGCUCUCAGUGUGUGGAAGCUGGGUUCAUGGCAGAUGUGGAUCUGGAUGCUGGCUGUUUGCUGAACAAGAAAAUCCGGAAUGCGCAGCUCGCCCAGUACAACUUCAUACUGGUGGUCGGGGAGAAGGAGAAGGCAUCCGGGGCUGUCAAUGUGAGGACCAGGGACAACAAGGUCCACGGUGAAGUGUCUGUCCUCGAGGCCAUCAGCAAGCUGACCAGACUGAAGAAAUCCUGCUCCAGGAAUGCGGAGGAGGAGUUCUAGAACCCAACACAUUACCAAACCCCAUGGGAGCCAAUCGAAGAAGGGCUUUUAAGUAGCAUCUUGUGUGAAGGGUUUGAACACACAGGGAUUUAGAAUAAAAUGUGAUCUAGUUCAAAGUUUUCCUGCACCCUAUAAUAAAAUUAUGUGAACACA